UUUGACUCUAUUUUGAGAAUGAAGAAUGACUGUGCACCUAUAUAGGCACAUGAAUCGUGCCACCUGUCUGGCACCACCCAUGCCACACAGGAGAACAAAUAACUUGUCUUUAGGAAUAGAAAUGGUGACACUUUAUAAAUUUAUAUAUUUAAUUGAGACUCUAUGGGGCACAUAGAAGUACACCAUAUCAGAAUGUCCAGCCCAAGAACUUAAUGGACACAUUAGACCAAUGAAAAAGUGUAACUCCUCAUUGGAGACCAUAAAAAGGGGACAUAUAGCACUGUGAAAUCCCCACCAACCUGUUAUCUGAGCUCUUGGUUUGUAUGUCAAGGAUCAAGAGGCAGAGACCUCAGGACUGUCCCAGGGUUUCAGGAUGGCUCCUUCUCUGCUGUUGAUAUAGAUGACUCUACUGUCAUUGAUUUAUCUUCUUGUUCCCCCACCUGGACCUGCCAUCCUUCUGUCCUCCAUCCUUCAUCCCAGCCUGGUCCUGCUCUGUGCUUCUGCAGCUAAACUCAACUCUACAGCUUUGCUUUCAAGCAGGUGACCUGAAGUGGUCUGAUUUACAGUCACCUCAACUUCUCCAGCUUCUCCCUAAACCCUGGUUCAUUAUCUUAUCAAUGUAGAUUCUACUUACACUCCUCUGUGUUUCUGCUCUGCUGGACUUCUGAAACCUCUUGAAUUCUGCUGUGGCCUAUUAACCCUUUACAGCCAUUUCUGGUGUGUGUGUGUGUGUGUGUGUGUGUGUGUGUGUGUGUGUGUGUUUAUAGACAGAGGUGAAUUUACUGUGUGUUGUAUAUAAUGUGAUUUGAGAGCUAUUAUUAGUGAUUAAGGUUGGAAAAAAACCCCUGUGCUUGUCUUGGCCAGGGUUACCAAGGAAAGUAGAACUGCCUGGGCAGUUGCUUCCAUUAAAACUACUGUCUUAAGCCAAAUGGUAGUGGCAUGUGCUUUCAAUCCCAGUGUUUGGGAUUCAGAGCCUGGAGGAUCUCUAAGUUUGAGCCAGCCUGUUCUACACAACAAGUUCUAGGAAAACUAGGGCUACAAAGAUAAACUAUGUUGGGGGGUGUCGGGGAAAACAAACCCACAACAAUGCUGUGUCUUGUGAAUUAUGAUUAUUCCAUAAAUUAUGGCAUUAUAAACAAACACAAAUGAAUUUGCCUAUGUUUCUGACACAGCAUGCAUACAACAGAGAAGAGAGAGUUACAGGCACACAGGCAUGUCUCCUCAAUCUGAAGGAAGGACUGGAAACACAUGGAGCAGAGCAUGUGACCAAAGAAACCACUCUCAAUCCCUGAGAAGUAACUGUACAAAAUGAGAUAUCUCCAAAGCCAGCCACAGGAUGACUGGGGCAUCCCAUGGUGUUGGUGUUUUACCGCUCCUUCUCUGAGAGUCUGUAAUUGGGGCAUCAAAUAGGGCUUGAUCUAGUCAGGAACUAGAGACACUGCUUGUUCUCCUAGGGCUCCCAUCCCUUCUCUGCUGACCUGUGCGGCUUUCUUUAUAGACCUGACUUACAGAAAAGCACUGGUCAAAGACAAUCAACCUUCAUAGUGGAGCUUAUCUCUUUACUUUCAACUAGGCCAGCCUCUUUGAAAUCUUUGAGUAUCCUUCCCUUCCAGGAGAGAUUUCAUUGCCUAUUUCUGCAGGGAAGAGGGGCCCAGAUUCCACAUCUGUUUAGGGAAUCCUUAGAGCUACAAAGGACACAACCACCACCUGUCCCAGAAGCAGGCCACAACCUUACACAACUGGAUGUCCACGAAGCCCCAGAUGGCCCUGACACUCCACAGUGGCCGUCUCGAUGUCAGCUCUCACUCUGACAUGCUGAGCUACACGGAAACAAUUAACAUCCUUUGCUCACCGUUCAUAAAGGGCUCAGUGUGCUGUAAGCAGGAACACAGUGCUAAAACCAGUUCUUGACUCUUCCUGGUUCUAUAUCUUACCUACCAAUGAACAGUCCUCCAAUUGUGUUCAGAAAGAAGCCAGUUAUGAAACAGAAAAAGAAGCCAGGUUAUGGGCAGGCAUUAUCUGGAAAAGACUCUUUUCUAUACUUGCCAACUGUCUGUCCUCUGUCACUCCUGUGCUUCUAGUGUUACUGAGUAGAUAAACUGAUUUUUGCAUUCAGCCCAGCCAGAGCCAACAUGAAGACAGCCACAGUCUUGGUUCUGGUCGCUUUCUUUGCCAUAAUGAUGGACAUGGCCUGUGCUCUGUCUUCUCCCAGAGAAUUACAGAAACCUGGAGCUUGUCCCGUUCUGCCGCCAAAUACCUUUGGAACUUGUGAUGAGAGAUGCACAGGAGAUGACUCAUGCUCUGGAGAAAUGAAGUGCUGCAGCAAUGGGUGUGGUCAUGUCUGCAAACCUGCCGUCUUCACAACAGCUGACAGCCCUGUGAAAGAUGGAUCCGAUACUUAUAAGCAUGACUGAUGAGCAGUCCCAGAGGAUUUCUUCUGAAUCUACGGAGCCCAAGCUUGACUACUCCCUAACCCUAGAAUUGCAUCCUUGGAAGAUGAAAAUCUAUAAUGUGGUGAUGGCUUCCUAGUGUCUCUGUGUCUAAAAUAAACGAUCCUUAGCAUUCUCUUA